ACUUGUAAUUUGAAUCGGAUCUGUUGAUGGAUUGUAGAGGGAGAGAGAGAGUAGUUUGGAGACUUGGAGUUUAUUCCUUUUUUUUUUUUUUUUACGGAAUAUGAUGAUAAUUCAUAACUUCAAGGAAGUAUAAAGCAAUUGGAUUUGAUCGGAGAUUUAUUAAAUUUAUUUAAUUAUAACAAAGAAAAAGAUGAAUGCCGUAGGUAGGCAGAGAUCCGGUGCGUCGACGGCGCAUCAUCAGCGGCAGUACUCCGACAACUUUCUGGAGAGUUCGUCCAACGGCCGGUGGCUUCAAUCAGCUGGUCUUCAGCAUCUGCAGACUUCAAACAACUCCAAUCCUCCUCUACAGGAUUUCGGGUAUUACGGCGGAGCUCAGAGUUCGAGAAUGUAUAGGGGUCCUCAGAGGACUUACAGUGGAGGGAGUGAUGUUUUUGCCGAGCCUUUGACGCCGCCGGCUAAUCCUCGCCCGUCCAGCCAGAGAAAGAAUGGAGAUGAGCAAGUAUCACCUACUGAGUUCAGUCCGGGACUAUUAGAUCUGUACUCAUUGGAUACCGAGCUUCUCCCCGAGAUGCCAGUUGCUGGCCAGUAUGGUGCUCCUGUGCAUCAUUUUGCUCAAGGGAAAAGCCUUGAUGACUUGGAGUCAUAUUUUGCAAAUAAUAAACAAACUGGUAGAGUCCGAGGCAUGGUAGAUAGUAAUGCAACGAAGAACUUUGCUGCUGAUAAAGAAAAAGCUAGCAAUGUUGCGAAGAUCAAAGUAGUGGUGCGUAAGAGACCACUUAACAAAAAGGAAUUGGCAAAGAAUGAUGGAGACAUCAUUGAAACAUGUAGCAAUUCGUUAACAGUUCAUGAAACAAAACUUAAGGUUGACUUGACACAAUACAUUGAGAAGCAUGAGUUUGUGUUUGAUGCAGUGCUGAACGAGGAGGUUUCAAAUGAUGAGGUAUAUCGUGAAACUGUUGAGCCAAUCGUUCCAAUAAUCUUUCAACGCACAAAGGCCACUUGCUUUGCAUAUGGGCAAACAGGAAGUGGCAAGACAUUUACAAUGAAACCACUGCCUUUGAAGGCAUCAAGGGAUAUUUUGAGGCUCAUGCACUAUACCUACCGGAAUCAGGGCUUUCAAUUGUUUGUCAGCUUCUUUGAGAUAUAUGGAGGAAAACUCUAUGAUCUUCUUAAUGAUCGGAAAAAACUUUGCAUGAGAGAGGAUGGUAAACAGCAAGUAUGUAUUGUGGGCUUACAAGAGUACAGAGUCUCUGAUGUGGAGAUGAUUAAGGAGCUUAUUGACAGAGGAAAUGCAACUAGAAGUACAGGCACCACUGGUGCGAAUGAGGAAUCUUCCAGGUCACAUGCUAUACUUCAGCUUUCUAUCAAGAGGUCAGCAGAUGGCAGUGAAUCUAAACCUGCCCGAGUCAUUGGAAAGCUCUCUUUUAUAGACCUUGCUGGAAGUGAACGUGGUGCAGACACUACUGACAAUGAUAAACAGACCAGGAUUGAAGGAGCCGAGAUCAAUAAAAGCUUGCUUGCAUUGAAGGAAUGCAUUCGAGCUCUUGACAAUGAUCAAGGCCAUAUACCAUUUAGAGGCAGUAAGCUAACAGAAGUGCUGAGGGACUCAUUUGUUGGAAACAGUCGAACUGUAAUGAUAUCCUGCAUUUCACCAAAUUCCGGAUCAUGUGAACAUACACUAAACACAUUGAGAUAUGCUGACCGAGUGAAGAGUCUUUCAAAAGGAAACAACUCCAAGAAAGACAUAUCAUCUUCAACUUUGAAUCUGAGGGAAUCAACAGUGUUACCAAUGUCCGUGGUAGCACCUUCUGCAUCAACAUAUGAAGAUGAUACAGGUGAUUCGUGGCCUGAACAAACAGAGAAAGAUGACUAUGAGGAGGACUUCUAUGAACAAGAGAAGCCAAUAUCAAAAAGGAAUGUAAAAGUUGAGGCAUUCAGUAUCUCCAAUCCAGAAGAGAAAAUGAGGCGGGGUAAUGACCAAACUAAGUGGAAGGAGCCACCUAGAACAGAACCUAAGAUUAAUGACAAUGAUGAUCUAAGUUCACUCCUAAAGGAAGAGGAGGAUCUCGUCAAUGCACAUAGGAGACAAGUAGAAGAAACUAUGGACAUUGUUAGAGAGGAGAUGAAUCUUUUAGUCGAGGCAGAUCAACCAGGAAAUCAGUUAGAUUCCUACAUAUCUCGAUUGAACUCAAUACUUUCCCAGAAGGCUGCUGCCAUCGUGCAAUUGCAGGGGCGCUUAGCUCAGUUUCAAAGAUGCCUGAGGGAGCACAAUGUUUUAGCAUCCUCAGGCCACUAAGAAUAGUGAGAUGACAACUUGAAGAAUGUAGGAUACAUUCAUUGAUAAUCCAGCAUUGAGGGUGUUGGGGAGGUGGUUACUGAUCAGGUCAGUCAUUACAACUGUGACUCAACUUUGGCUAUGAACUAGCGGUCCAAUGGGUUUUAUCUCUCCUUGCAAAAUGCCCAGAAGUGGUCUGAAACUAUGAACCAAUCUUUCUAUAUCCUCUGUUAAUGGUCAUUGUUUAUUUACAAUGAAGAAAAUGCAGCAGAUUCUAUUGCAUACCUUAUGCCAUUCUUAUGAACAAGGCAAUGCCAACAUGAAGUACUAAUCCUUUGUUUCACAA